AUGCCAUCUUUCCCCUACUUCACCACAAUGUUCUCCAGCACCACCCCCGCGUCAACCCGCCAACUCACACCCCCCACCAUUUGCUCUCUCACCCUGCCUUCCACGUUUCCCGCUCUACAGCCCGUGUGGUGCUCAGCUCACACAUACCGCAUCUGCACCGACGAGUCCGCGUAUGCGGAUAUGUUGACGGGUAUGGAAGAUGAGGAUGAGGUUGCAGCCGAGGAGAUGGAUAUGGCGGAAGUGGAGGAGCGGUGGAGUUGUUUGUACCCACUGGCUGGCGUCUUCGAGGACGCGGAGGUGAAUGUGGAGGAGCAGCAGGUCUGCGCCCCUCUCCCUGUUCCUCGCUCGUCUUUUUUCGGCGGCGAGGUUUCAGUCGAGUGUCUCUUCGAUGCCGAAACACCUUUCGCAAGCGAUGAGGAACUUUGGCUUCGCAGCGUGUUUGACCCUGUUGCUGCGCCGUGCGCUGUGCUGGAUCCGCUGCUAGAGGAGGAGGAGAUAGAGGAGGUGACGUUGGUGGAUACGAGCGAGUUGAAGCUUUUGCCUUCGGUUGCUGUGCGGGAUUUUCGUGAUCCGGUUGCUGCGUGGGCAGAGGCUGAGGCUUUGCCUGUUGAGGAGUGGUGGGUUGGUGGUGAGGAGGAGGUUGUAGUGAAGCGGGAGGGUCGGUCGUUGAUUUCUAAGGUGACUGUUUCUGUACCUGAGGCUGUGCUUGACACAGAGGUGCAGGAGACAAACUCUACAUGGACACUGGAAGACGACCCUGUCCUCCGCUACGUCACCUCCCAAACCUUCCUCCCUGGCCUGGACAACUUUUCGGAUAUUUCUAUUCAUUCAGCGUUCCCCCAGUACGACAACGCCGACAUCGACGCCUUGUACCAAGCCACCACAUCUUUCGUCAAGGACCGUUACGACGGUGAGUGCACAUGCUUGGAUGGCAAACCCGCUGCUCCCCACUCACCGGGCGAGAACUACCUCCUUGUUAAUAACGAGGAUGUGUUUGGGUUUUCUGCUGCGCGGCCUCAGGCGGAGGAUAUCUUUGAGCUGUUGGAUGCGACUGUUGAUGCGGAUAUGGAGGAUUUUGUUGAUGCAGACGAUGAGUUCGACGACGACGACGACGACUUACCUCGUGCAGGCGUGUUCUACGAUGCUGCGACUAGUGGCAUGGUAUCUUAUUUCGCUUUGGACCAGCUGUUAUACCCGACUACUUCUAUCGCUGAGUAUCCCCCGUUCAUUGCAUCUACUGACUCACAGACUCCAGGCUACGAGCUCACUGAGGACGAAGACCAUGUCUCAGACAUGUCGGACUCAGAUGCAGAUGAUGUUUCCAUGGUUCAGUCUUCCGAGUGGUCUUAUUUCGAUACUGACACCCAGCAGUACAUCGGCUACACGGCUCUCGAGCAUCUUUUGCAGACCAACCAGCCGUCUGAGUUGCCCUACUUUGAUGCUGACAGCCAACAGGACGCCGGAUGCACUGCUUUCGACCAAAUCUUGCCGAUUGACGCUGAUCAGAUGCCACCGCUUGUUCACCGGGAUUUUGAUGAGUUGUUUGACAAGCUUGUUGAGGAAGUCACUGCGCUUCUACAGGAUGAGUUAGAUAAGCUGGAUGAUAUUGACCCCCCACCGCCGCAGGUGGAGACUCUAACUCAACCUCCGCGCAAAGCCCCUGUACAGGAGCGGAGGCUGCGAGGUUUCCGUCAAGUUGGGCCGUAUAUGAUGUAUUCUAGUCAUCAGCGGUCUACGAUGCGAUCACGUCGCAAUGUUCAGCUGGUACUCCAGCCUCAGCAACUGUACAAUAUCGAGGAGGACAAAGAGGAAGAGGACUGUCUCAGCCCCGUCUCCUCAGCCGAAUCACUGGAUUUCACCACUCACUUUACCGUUGUCAAGACACUAGCCACACGCCGAGCCAACUUUCUAGACGACGAUGAACCAGAGUCGUCUAUGCCGUCACCUGCGUCUCAGGCCACUGAGCCACCACUCACUGACAGCCAAUACGAGGACAUGUUUGCUGAUGCCAUCUGGACCAUGUCACCAGAUUUAGCACUCACUAACCCCAGCCACACAUCAUCAUCAUCAAUAGUCCCAGUCACGUCAUGGUCACAGCACGAUUUUCCCCCACUCCCUGUUCUCGAAGCCUUCGCAACCGAGAUCCACAACCAUCUUGCCUUGAUUUUCGAUUGUCUGAACACUAGGCGCUCGCAUGAGCUACCCGGGCUCAGCAACGACCUCACCUGGGCGCUCAACGCACUCGCAUCCGAGUACCCAUCUAUGACGCUAUUGGGCUCUUUGGGACUUGCAGUCGAGAUUCUUGUUGAGCGCAUGGUGGCUUCUUCCGUCGCUUCUUAG